CUACGCUCAGACGUGUUUAAAGACGUCUUCAGACGAGCAGCAGCUGCAGUGCUCUCCAUAUGAUCCUUCAGUCUCUACACUUUUCUGAAGGAUGAAGAGUAUGAGGAAAAAACAGUCUUUAAUUCUUCUCAUCUCACUGUGCAUGUCAAUGGCUCAAUCUGACUUUGCACCAUAUUUCUAUGAUAAUGGAGCUGGAAGCAGCAACGGAAACCUGGCGUUAUUCAGCAUCUCUGAGGACACAUCUGUUGGAACUCAUGUUUACACACUGAACGGCUCUGACCCCGAAGGCGAGCCGGUGACCUACGGCAUGACCUUUGAUAAGGGCUCCAGAGAUUAUUUCAGUGUCGAGCCUAAAUCAGGAAAUGUGACUCUCAUUGAAACACUGGACAGAGAGGUUCAGGAUGAGAUCGUUGCAUUCGUGUCCAUCACAGAUGGGAGAAAUAAGGUGGUAGAAAAUGUUCGAGUGUUCAUCACAGAUGCUAAUGAUGAAAAGCCUGAGUUUUUGAAUCUGCCAUUUGUAGUGGACGUCCCCGAGGACGCAGCUUCAGGCAGCAGCAUCUACAGAGUCCAGGCCAUCGACAGAGACCUCGGGUCCGGAGGAAGUGUCACCUACUACCUGCAGGAGAAAUAUCUUCAUCAGUUGUCAUUUCGUUUGCAGUCGACACCCAGCACUAAGUUCACCAUCGACGGUCACAGUGGAGUCCUGCGCAUCAGAGCUGGAGAAUCACUGGACUACGAGCUCUCCAGGACUCAUUUUGUCACUGUGGUAGCAAAGGAUGGUGGGGGUAAAUAUCAUGGAAAAUACCAGGUUAUGACCUCCACAGCCAUCAUAACCAUCAAUGUCCUUGAUACCCAGGAUUCUCCUCCAGUGUUUGUUGGUACUCCAUAUUUUGGAUUUGUCUAUGAAGUCUCUGUACCAGGUUCAGAGAUAUUCACUGUUUUUGCCAAAGAUGGGGACCAGAACAACCCCAACGCCAUUCAUUACUCCAUUCUGAGUGGCAGCGACGGCUUCUUCAGCAUCAACAGCACGAGCGGCUGUAUCAGCUUGACAUCAUUUCCUGUACAGCUGAGGAACGAGUUAUAUGAGAUAAAAGUCAAGGCUGCAGAGGUUGGACCCGACAGGUUUUCUGACUACAGUGUGACCACAGUCACCAUUCGUGUGGUGGACCUCAACAACCACCCGCCCACUUUCUACGGUGAGAACGGCCAGCAGAACCACUUCGAUCUGACCAUGUACGAGCAUCCACCAGAAGGAGAGAUACUCCGCGGCCUGAAGAUCACGGUCAACGACUCGGACCAGGGAGCAAAUGCUAAGUUCAGGCUGCUGUUGGUGGGACCCUCUCGGGUUCUCCGUGUGGUUCCUCAGACGGUUCUCAAUGAAGCCCAAGUCACCAUCAUUGUGGAAAACUCAUCAGCCAUCGACUACGAAAAACACCAGUUCUUAACAUUCAAGCUGUUAGCGGUGGAGAUCGACACUCCCGAGCGCUUCAGUGCCACUGCGGAUAUCGUUAUCAAUCUUUUGGACACAAAUGACAACAUUCCAAAGUUCUCCUCUGAGUUUUACAUCGCCAGGAUCCCUGAGAACUCCCCAGGAGGCUCCAACGUCAUCUCAGUGACUGCGACUGACUCGGACUCAGGGCUUUGGGGAGAAGUGAAAUAUUCCAUCUACGGCUCUGGUGCUGAUCUGUUUCUCAUUCACCCCACGUCCGGCAUCAUUUACACACAGCCCUGGGCCUCUUUAGACGCUGAAGUGAAGUCCAAAUAUAAUUUCUAUGUGAAAGCUGAAGACACUGAGGGCAAAUACAGCCUCACUGAGGUUUUUGUCACGGUGCUGGAUCAAAAUGACCACUCACCAGAGUUCAACCAGAACUUCCUGGAGAAGACCAUGAUCAUUGGGGCGCCUGUGAAAAUAGAGGCUGUGGAUGAGGACGCAGAGGAACCCAAUAACCUGAUUGAAUAUUCCAUCAUGAAAGCCGAUCCAGACAACAUCUUCGACAUUAACACAUCCACAGGAGAGAUUAAGCUCAAACCGUUCAUUAAGUCUAUGGAGAUUGUGCAGAACAUCACCAAAAAUAAAGACUGCCGGUGGUCAGUGGUGGUCCAGGCUCGUGAUCGAGGCUCUCCAUCCUUCAGUACAACAGCGGUCGUGAAAAUCGACAUCAUGGAGGCGAAUCGGCUCAAAGGGCCCAUGGCUGCCUUUCUGAUGCAGAGCCGAGACAAUCCCAUGAAAGCUCUUGGCCUGGCCGUCAGCAUCAUUACCGUGAUUGUUUUGGUGACAGUUGUGAUCUCCACCAUCGUGUACUUUCGCAACACAAAGUCCAACAGGAUCACGCCAGCGCGUCGCAUCAUCCGGAGGAGGCCCAAAGAGCAGCACAGCUGGACCUUUAGGCCACGGUUUGGACGAAGUGACCAGAGCUUUGGAAAAUUCUUCAUUGAUGAUGACGCGAGUGACAUCCACAACACAAAGCACAGCAGCCCCAGAGCCAAACCUCCGACCCCCAGCGCUCCGGUGCUCCCACCUCCGCCUCUGGUUCACUCCCGGUCAAGCGAGCGGCUGCGGUCAGUGCCCACGGUGUCCGGCUCCCUGGCCUCCAGAAACACCAGCCGCAGCUCCAGCUGGAGGGCCAGCAAAAGCACAGACGGCUCCCAAAAAUCUGGCCAAAACAAAGAUGGUAGUGGCAUCAGCUCCGCUCUAGUGUCUGAGCUUAAAAUGAGAAUAGAACAGAAAAUCAAUGAGGCAAAUCAAGGCUACUAUUACUGACAAUCUGACCAGUGUGAGUAACAGACACCGAUUCAUGUUUAUGGACCGUUGGACGUUUGAUGUUACAAACAGCUCGCUGAGAAGACUUUUUUUUGGUGAAAGUGUUUUUAAAGUGGCUGUCUGUUUCACCUGAAGUGUUUUUCUGUUUUUCAACAUGCCGUACGGUCAAAAAUACCAUAAAAAUGCUAAGUAACUUGCCACUACUGGUUUAUGCACAUACAGUAUGUGUUUGUAAACAGAAGAAAGCUAAUUGGAUGCUGUUUAUAUCAGUAAUGUUCUCCUCAAGCUCUUCGGUCUUAUUGUGCUUCUUAGAUUAGUUUACGCAUGAGUUCUAGAUCUGCAAAAGUGAUGCAAACUCCACUGUAAUCUCAUAAUUAGCACCAUACUGCCAUCUUUGGGUUUCAUUCAAUUUAGUCUGAACAAAAUCUAGUCAUUAAUACGUCAAAAUUAAGAAGAACUUAAAACAACCCUUUCUGUUUUCAGUAGAUUAUUUAUGUGACUAUUGCAUGUACUUUAUAUCCUACUCUCAGAUUCUGUUUCUUCUUUGAACAGAUUUUGCCUUGAGGAUCUUCUGUAAAAAUCUAUUGACUUUUUGGACUCUGACUCUCAUUUGUAGUUAUUGCUGUAAAACCUUUUUUAUUAUUGUUUUGUAUUGUUUUGUAUUACAUUUUCCUGCACAUUUUCUGGCAAGGAGAGCAGAUGAACAUCCAUGUGCUAUUUGCUGUAGGCAUAUCCAAAUGUCAAAUGUGUUUAUCAUGUAUCAUCAUAUCAACUCUGUGCUAUAAAUGAAAUUAGAAAUACAACAUUUUUUAAGUUUUAUUUUUAAAAAAAAUAAAAGAGACUGGUGUCAUUGUC